AUGCGCCGCAGCAUUGCGCUUUUGUUCACCGUGGUCGUCUCGGCCGUUGCGGCGUCGCCGCUCACAUCGCAGGCGGCGGCCCAUCAAAUCCACGCGUUGCCGCACUACGACGCCAAGCAUCCGAUCGACUUUCGCCACUUUGCGGGUCAUCUUGCACUGCCGUCGAACGGCCAAAAGAUGUUUUACUGGCACGUCGAGUCGCAGUCGGCGCCGUCGACCGACCCACUUGUGCUCUGGCUCAACGGCGGGCCAGGCUGCUCGUCGCUCGGCGGCUUCUUCACCGAGAUCGGCCCGUUCGUCGUCCAGCGCGGUCUCAACGUCAAGCGCAACCCAUACACGUGGGCGCGCAAGGCCAACUUGGUCUUUCUCGAGUCGCCGUCCGGCGUCGGCUUUAGCUCGCCCGUUCUGAACGCGACCGAGUACAACGACGACUUUACAACCGACCGCGCGUACGAGUUCCUUACGCAGUUCCUUGGCGCGUACCCGCACUUGAGCGGCCGGGAUUUUUACAUCACAGGCGAGAGCUACGCGGGCGUUUACAUCCCGUACCUCGUCGCAAAGCUCAUGGCGGCGCCGAUUCCAGGCCUUGACCUCAAGGGCUACGCGAUCGGCAACCCGUUCACGGACGCCACGAUCGACGGCAACGCCUACAUGGACUACUACUACGCCCACGCGCUCAUCUCGAUGGAGAGCUACGACGAGAUCGUUGCAUCGUGUGCGGACGAGCUCUCCCAGUGCAUGUUCUCGACGGCCAACUGCUCGCUCGCGUGCCAAGAUGCGGUCGCGAGCACUCCGAUCACGUCCGACGCGUCGUACUUCAACCCAUACUACAUUUACGGCGACGUGUGUCUCAACACCAACGGCCAAGGCGACUUGCUCCAUCUCCACCGCACUCGAAGCUUGCAGCCGAUGCACCGCGGCAAGAUCGGGCCAUGCACCGACCGGUAUACGCAAGACUAUCUCAACCUCAAGAGCGUACAGAAAGCGCUUCAUAUCGAAGGCGACGUGGCGUGGAGCGAUUGCAACAUGAACAUUGCCGAAGUCUACAGCCGGGCAUCCUCGGCCUUGCCCAAGUACACGCACAUCCUCUCGGCUGAUAUCUCGGCGCUCAUCUACAGCGGCGACGCCGACGCGGUCGUCAACUUUAUCGGGACCGAGCGCUGGAUCGGUCGCGUCGACGGACUGCACCUCAGCGUCACAUCGCCCUGGGCGGCGUGGUUUGGCCCCGACAAGCAACUCGCGGGCUACUCGCAAGGCUACGAGCACCUCACGUUCAAGACGGUCAAGGGCGCAGGUCACAUGGUGCCCGCGAUUCGGCCGCUCCAUGCGCUCUACAUGUUCGAGUGCUUUGUCUUUGGCCAAGAGAUGUGCGACACAUUUGCGUACCCCAAGGACAACUUGGAGUACUUGACGGGCGCCGAGCAGCCGAGCGACCAAGUUAUUGUGAAUGCCAGCGUGAGUGCGUCGACGUCGUCACCCUCGUCGGGGUGGGCCAUGCUUGUGGGCACGCUCUCGGGCGUCGCGUGCUUCAGCCUCCUCCACGUGCUCUCGACCCGCCGGACGCGCGCCAUGUACCACGACCUCAGCCAGCGCAUGGAAGCGCACCGCGUGUAUUAG